UCAGCCCUUUCAGGCCCUCGGACGUCUUUCACAGCGCAUCGGCGGCGGGCUGACGUCUCGGCGACGUGAUGACGCACGGUGGGGGCGUAGGCGCGCCGUCUGGGAUUGGCGCGCACUUGGUACGGACGCCUGGGCUACCUUUGGGCGGGGCCGGGUCCCAGAAGUGGAAGGCCGUCUCGCUUGCCCAGGGGUGGAACCCCACACCUUUUCUGCCGACACCCUGAACUUCCGCCAGACUGACGACCUGGGUUGGAACAAGGCAGCGACACUCGUACUCUUAGGAAUGGAGUGGUCCCAGGGACAGCAGAGCGGAUCUUAGCCGAGGGUGCUUGUUCAGAGCCAAGCCCUGACCGGGCCGACCUCGGACAAGGCUGCGUUUCUUUCCGAAAUGGUGCUUUCUUACUCAUUCGCCUGGCUUUUAAGUGCCCACCAUAUAAUAUCCCAGAAUGUGGGAGACCCUGGGGCUCCGUAAGUGACGAAUACUCCAGAAAACCUCAGGAAAUAAUUCCUUCUCCGGGGUCCUUCUAGAUUCCAGCCUCUAUAGGAGACCCCUUCAAUCCUUGGCUAGAGGCCGACUUGCGUUCAGUCGCAGCUCUGCCAGUGAACCAGCUGUGUGGCCUUGGGCCGGUCACUUAUCCUUGGCUUCGGUUUCCUUAUCUGUAAAAUGAGGACGGUAAUAGUCACUGAGGAGUGGUUGUAAUAAAAGAGAUUAAGUAAACGCAGUGCUGGGUUUUGAGUAUAGGUGGUCAGUAAGUGGUGCUUUUUCACUGAGACAGCCAUAGCAGGACUGGCUGGUGUUGGGGAUACAGUCUAGUGCGGAGACAAAGUUUCCCUGUCACUUAGCGCAUGAUUUUCUAUACAUUUUUUUCAUUAUGGAGCUAAAAAGCCAUGCAAUUACUUCUCUAGUGAAUUUUUGACUAGUGUCUGGAAUAACGAGAGAAACGAGCAGCGUUCCUGUGUCUACUUUGCGUUCCUUGCUGAAUAUUUCAUGCUUGGAGAAGUUGUGGAAGCCACCUACAAAUCCAUUUACUGAAUUUAUGGAGAAGCCCUCAAAUGACGGAAGUCAUUCAGAAGAACUAUUUUCCCAUCUUAAAAGUAGACCAGAGAAGGAACAUUUACCACGGCAUGCCAGUGAAAGUCAUCUCAGAUGCCUCAAGCAGGACAUCCUAAAUGAAAAGACUGAAUUGGAAGCAACAUUUAAGGCAGCUGAGUUGGCAACCUGUUCUGUAGAAUUACUUUUGCCAUUAUUUAAGGACACCAUUGAAGAGAUUAGUUUUGAAAAUGCUAAUCUUUCUGCAUCGAAUUUGGAGAAGUUUUCUAAACAGAAGGAAAUAUUAACAAAAGAAUUAGACACUUUUAAACAAGUAAAACAAGCUUUAGAACAUCAUCUUAGAAAGACAGAAUACCAACAAAUAGGGAACAGUUUAUCCAGCAUGUUAGAGAAGCUAACUGUUAAUGAAAGUGAAAAUACUAAUCUUAAGAAGAAGAUACUUGAAAAGGAGACCUAUAUCCAGGAACUUUCUUGCUUGUUUCAGAAUGAAAAGGCAAAUGCUUUGAAAGCAAACCGUUUUUCACAAUCAGUAAAAGUAGUACAUGAACGACUACAGCUCCAAAUUCAUAAAAAGGAAGUGGAGAAUAAUAAAUUAAAAGAAUACAUAAAGAGCUUAGAAACCAAGAUAGCUGAAUGGAACUUGCAAUUGAAAAAGCAUAAGCAUGAGACUGUAGCAAUGAAAGAUUCAAGUAAACAAAAAGCAAUAGCUCUAAAAAAGGCAUCUAAAAUUUACAAACAAAGGCUUGAACAUUUUACUGGAGACGUUGAAAACCUUACUUCCCAAAUUAGAGAUCAGGAAGCCAAGUUGUCUGAAACAGUCUCAGCUUCCAAUGCCUGGAAAAGUCAUUAUGAGAAAAUCGUAAUAGAAAAAACUGAAUUGGAAGUUCAGAUCAAAACAAUGAAAAAGCAAAUCAUUAAUCUUUUGGAAGAUCUGAAGAAAAUGGAAGACCAUGGAAAAAAUUCAUGUGAAGAAAUUCUUAGAAAACUUCAGUCAAUUGAAUAUGAAAAUGAAACUCUGAAUCUUGAGAAUACAAAAUUAAAGACUACACUUGCUGCUUUGAAGGACGAGAUUGUUUCUGUUGAAAAUGAACUCUUAGAAUUGCAAGAAGUAGAAAAACAACAGAAAGCCCUUAUUGAAGUGUAUAAAACUCAGAUACAAAAGUUGCAAGAAGCAGCUGAAAUGGUGAAAAGCAAAUGCGAAAAUUUACUACAUGAAAAUAACCUAGUAACAGAAAACAAAAAUAAAAAAUUAGAGAAGGUUGAUGGAAAUCACAAUCUUCUGAGAAAGCUUUCUUUGGAAGAGGAAAAUUUUCUUAUUCAGUUGAAGUGUGAAAAUCUUAAACAAAAAUUAGAACAGAUGGAUGUGGAAAAUAAAGAACUUGAAAAGAAGCUGGCAAACCAAGAAGAAUGUCUUAAGCACAGCAAUCUUAAGUUUAAAGAGAAAUCUGCAGAAUAUACAGCACUGGCCAGACAGCUGGAAGCUGCUUUAGAAGAAGGAAGACAAAAGGUUUCUGAAGAAAUAGAGAAAAUGUCAUCUAGAGAGAGGGCUUUACAAAUUAAAAUAUUAGAUCUGGAAACUGAGCUUAGAAAGAAAAAUGAAGAACAAAAUCAACUUGUUUGCAAAAUGAACAGUAAAGCACAACAUCAGGAAGUAUGUUUGAAAGAAAUACAACAUAGUCUUGAAAAGUCGGAGAAUCAAAAUGAGAGUAUUAAGAAUUAUUUACAGUUUCUUAAAACUUCUUAUGUAACAAUGUUUGGAUAAAUUAUUGAACUUAUUUUCUAUAAGCAAUAGCUUUUUACUGUGAGUCUAAAAAGUGAUUAGGUAAAAAAUAAAUAUACUAUCUGUUGUUAUACUUUAUGAUUUAUGGGUGGUAGUAUUAGAAUUUUUAUAUAAAGAUUUUUGAAACAUAAUUUAUUGUCCAAUUGAAACUUUAAAACAAGAGAGAUGUUAGUAUUCCUUUUUGCUGGAUAAUUUUCACUUAGCUCUGGUUUAAUUCCUGUUUAAAUUAUUUUGGUUUUUAGAAUAUUUUUCACACACAGAUAUACAAAAGAAGCCAGAAUCAUUCUUUGUGACUGUCUGUAGCCACCAUUCAAGUGAAUUUGUAAUAAAUCUAGGCCAAUUAUCAGCCAAAUACAUGAUUUUAAAUAAUGUAUAUAAUUAUUUUACAUUGUGGUGCUGUAUAGAUAUAAUAAAGGCAAAUAUUCUGGA